GACUAUGGAGUGUCGGUGAUGUUCUACCGCUCGACGUACCUGGUCGACAUUAUCAGCGGACCAAGGGGGCGUGUCCUGAAGCUCGACUCCAUCGAGGGCGGCAAAGCGUGGCUGGGCUACGAUGUGCUAAUCUUCAACACAUGGCACUGGUGGACUCACACCGGAAACUCCCAACCAUGGGACUAUGUGCAGGAUGGAGGUCAGGUGCUCAAAGACAUGGACAGGUUACAGGCAUUCACCAAGGGGCUGACCACAUGGGCCAAAUGGGUCGACUACAACAUCAACCCAGCGGCGACCAAAGUCUUCUUUCAAGGAAUUUCCCCAACCCACUACCAAGGAUCAGAUUGGGGUGAGCCUAAUGCAAAGGAUUGUUCUAAACAGACACAACCAGUCAGUGGAUCAACAUACCCAGGAGCUCCAGUUCCUGCACAAGGCAUAGUUAAGAACGUCCUGGGUACCAUAUCAAAACCAGUCUAUCUGCUAGAUAUAACCUUGCUCUCACAGCUCAGGAAAGAUGCCCAUCCAUCUGCAUACAGUGGAGAUCAUCAAGGCAUGGACUGCAGCCACUGGUGCCUUGCUGGCCUUCCAGAUACAUGGAAUCAGAUCUUAUACGCAGCACUCCUUUAACAAAAAGUCAUCAGCUGAUUUGAUGGCACAAACUAAAUCUUCAAGGCCGUAGCUGUCUCAUUGUUCUACUCACAAUUUUACGAUAAGCACUGGCAGAUCAGUGAUAUGUUUAAUGGUAUAGAAACCAAUUUCCCAGAUAAAAAUUCUUAAGAACUAAAGAUGGAGAAAUCUCAUGACUAGCAGAUCUAGCAGGUGGUGCAUGGAUAUACCUAAUUGUAUGGCAGCAAAGACAAAGAAAAGGUUGGUGUAGGAUCUAACAAUUUACAUCUACAUAGGCAAAACAUCCCAAAGUUUCCUUGUCCCUGCAUUGAAUAAUCGACCCCAAUUUUUUGUUGGAGGAAAUAUUGGACGUUCAUUAUGUCGAUCCUCAAUGUGGGGCUUCAUUGAAUUUUCUACCAUGGAAAGAACAGCUUCUGGUAGUAACAAGCAGAUAUUGC